UUUAUUUAUUCCUUCCUUCCCUCUCAUUUUUUUAUUUUCCAAUCUAUCAAAAUAUAAGAAAAAAUAGUUUAUUUUUUUCCAUCAAAAUAGAGGAAAAUAGCACGAGUUUUCCAUUUUUUUCUAUUUUUGUGUGUACACUUAAAUAUAUUUUUUAUUUACAAUUUUUUGAACAUUACGUUUACUUGUCCUUAAUUUUUUUAGAAGUUUUUUGCUCUUUAAAUAAAAAUAAUUUAUUUUUAAAAAAUAAAUUAACAAAAAAUUAUUUUUUUUAGAUAAAAAUUUAUUUAAAAAAUUAAAAUGGUGCACUAUAUAACUCGUUCAGCAUUCUCGACUGGAGUACGUGUACUUAGUGUUUUAGAAAAGGCAAAAUUAGUUUGUUGGUUUGAAGAGACAAAUUCUUUUGCACAAGUGGCGAGAAGAUAUCGAGCAGAAUUUGGAAUGGAACCCCCACAUAUGGAUUUAGUUAAAAAAUUACAUCAACGUUUUCUCAAUACCGGCUCCGUUUCUAAUGGAAAUACUGAACAUUUUGAAGUUAAUAAUCCAACAAUGGAAACAUCGACAUCUUCAACAGAUGGUGCUGAUCCGUUUGGAAUUGAAACAGAAGAACAACAACAACAAAUAGUUGUUGGGGGAAUGCAGGAGAGUAAUAUAAAUACAUCACCUAGAGCAGUGACUUUUUAA